AUGGCUCCCCUCCACAUCGGCGCUCUCCUCUACGACUACCAGGCCAUCGAUGUCCUUGGCCCAAUCGACAUCCUCAACUCCUGCACCAAGCGGUACAUGAAAGCGCUCCAGCCCUUGAGUGGAGUAACGGAUGAGACGAUUUCCCGUGCCCCCGAAUUCAUCUUUCACCACAUCGGCGUCGAUAAAGAGCCCUUCCAGCUGCUCUCGAGCGACCUCACCAUUGUGCCCUCCGCGACUGUGGAUGACUGCCCCGAGCUCGACAUCCUCUUGCUUGGAGGUCCUGACCCUGUCAACUUCAAGCUGCACCCUAAGCAUGCCGACUUUCUUCGAAAGCACGUUGCUGCUGGAAAGCUGCUCUUCACCAACUGCACCGGCGCAGCAGUUGUGGCGUCAACAGGUGUCUUGGACGGAAAGAAUGCCACCAUUAACAACUUGGCGUUCAAUCUGAUGAAGCAAACGUAUCCCAACGUCAAUUGGGUCAGCGACAAGAAGUGGGUUGUUGACGGAAACAUCUGGACUGGCGGUGGUGCCGUAGCUGGCAUGGAUAUGCUUUCCUACUGGAUUAAGGAGAACUACGGAUCGGAUGUGCUCGCUCAUGGAGGCUCUAUGCUGGAUUUUGAGCCAAGGGACAUCAAGGGUGUUCAAAACGUUAUUCCCAAGAGAUAUGAUGAGAGUGGAAACCAGCUCUUCACUCACGCGUUUCCUUAG